UUCAACUGUUUUGUGGCUGCCUGUUAUAAUUUCCGAAGUUCUGCUGAAAGUUUUCGUUUGCAGUAAUUGCAGCCGAAUGUGAGAUAUCGCUAAUAUCGCUAUGGCGAUAUUAAUAAUAAUUAAACGGUAUUAUAUAUAGCUAGUUGUGAAAUGUAACGAUGGCAUCGCUAUGGAAAAGGGGCGUGCGGGAGUAAUGUAUCCUGUAACAGAAUGAGUUAUUUUCAAAGCGCUGCAGAUGAGCUGGACGACUAUACUGUUCAACAAGAAAAUGAACUUCAAGCGCUUGCAUCCAUCUUUGGAGAUGAUUUUAAGGAUAUUCGGAAAGAACACCCUUGGAAGGUAAAAAAGCCACCAGAGGUGUACCUUUCCCUGCGUCCAAAGGGACUAAACAACGGACAGGAAAGCUAUGUGAAGGUGGACUUACUGGUCAAAUGCCCAUCUAAGUAUCCUGAUGUGCCUCCAGUAUUUGAACUGAAGAAUGCCAAAGGUCUUUCCAACGAUAAUCUUCACAACCUCGAGACACAGCUCACCAAGUUGGCUGCAGACCGUUGUGGUGAGGUGAUGAUCUACGAGAUGGCGGACUUCGUGCAGGGCUUCCUGAGCGAGCACGAUGUGUCUCCGCCGCGCUCCUUCCAUGAGGAGAUGCUGAAGAACCAGCGGAAGCAGCAGGAGAGGCUGGCCCAGGAGCAGCAGCAGAAGAUCGACCAGCAGCGCAGGCAGGAGGAGGAGACGCAAAACGAGAUCCUUGCUGAGAUCCAAAGAAGAGAAGAGGAGAAGAGAGAGGAGAAGAAAAGGAAAGAAAUGGCCAAACAGGAGCGCUUAGAGAGUGCAUUCCAGCCUGCCUCCGAGGGUCCGGUUCAGGGAAGCCCCUGUCUCAGCGGGUCGGCGCCGGAACUCACCGAGCACAAGAGGGGGGUGGGAAACCGCCGCAGGACCACCUCCAGCAGCAGGCACAGGCGGGACACAAAUCACUCCUGCAGCAGCAAUGAUGACAGCCCCCGGCCAAUGGAGGUCCUGCAUUUUAGCAGCAGCGCUUUGGGUGACAUCACUGUGCACAGAGGGAAAUGCAUAGGUGACAGCAAGAACCUGGGCCGCAGUGUGUAUUACGGCUUUGAGGUAGCCACCGGGGACUUUGUCGUGGUGUACGAGUGGAUCCUCCACUGGAACAAGAAGAUGGGCAAGUUCUUUACCUCCCAGGAGAAGGAGAAAACUGAGAAGUGUAAAAAGCAGAUACUGGGCGCGGAGAGCGAGCUCCACUCCUUGCAGAAGCUGGACCACCCGCACUUGGUGCACUACACGGCCCUGAGCCACCGCGAGCAGGACGACUGCCUGGUGGUAGACCUGCUGGUGGAGCACGUGGGUGGCUGCAGCCUGGCCCAGAGCCUGGGCCGAAACGCUCCCCUGCCCCCGGAGCGUCUGCGCCAGCUCGCCUCCCAGCUCCUGGGGGUGCUCGACUACCUCCACGCCAACUCGGUGGUGCACAAGCAGCUGACCGCCUCCAGCGUGCUGCUGGACGCCGAGGGCAAUGUCCGCCUCACCGACUACAGCCUGUCCAAACGGCUGGCCGACAUCUGCAAGGAGGACGUGUUCGAGCAGGCCCACGUGCGCUUCUCCGAUGACUCCCUGCCCACCAAGACCGGCAAGAAGGGCGACGUGUGGAGCCUGGGCCUGCUGCUGUUGGGUCUCAGCCAGGGCCGCGAGGUCAAGGAGUACCCGGUCUCCGUGCCCAACAGCCUGCCCGCCGACUUCCAGGACUUCCUCAACAGGUGUGUGUGUCUGCAUGACACUGACCGCUGGACCACUCAGCAACUCCUGGGCCACGGCUUCUUAAACCCUCCGGCCCCAAAGACGCCCCCACAAUGCCAGGACAGUCCAGAAGAUGUGGGCGUUGACUUUGCCUCCACCGUCAUUCCACGCAGUUACAUCCUUAACACUCCCUUUAGCACCCAGAUCCAGAAGCAGUUCUCCCGUUACUACAAUGAGUUUCAGGAGCUGCAGCUACUGGGGAAGGGGGCUUUUGGAGCGGUUAUCAAGGUCCAGAACAACUUGGACGGCUGCUACUACGCGGUGAAAAGGAUCCUGGUGAACCCGGCCAGCAAACAGUUCCGGCGGAUCAAAGGGGAGGUGACGCUGCUGUCGCGGCUGAACCACGAGAACAUCGUGCGCUACUACAACGCCUGGAUCGAGAGGCACGAGACGCCCGGCCUCGGGACCAUCGGCAGCGACAGCUCACAGCCCUCCAGCUCCCCGGACAAGCCCCCCCAGUGCCGCUCCCUGCGCAAGGAGCUGGGUCUGCAGGACGACGUGGAGGACAAUGCGCCUCCUCCCGCCCUGGCCAGCUCCGUGGAGUGGAGCACCUCCAUUGAAAGGUCCUCCAGCGCCAAGUGCAGCGGAGUCGACAUGGAGUCCAGCGAGGACGAGGAGGAGGAUGUCUUCUGCCCCUCCUUCCUCCCGAGCGACAGUGAUUCUGAGAGUGACAUCAUUUUUGACAACGGGGAUGAAAGUCCAGACAACCUAUCCCUGGCGGAGCAGAGCAAGAGGGAGCGCACGGACCCCACAGAGAGCAGCAGCUCAGAAAACCCGCUUUGCAUAGCGCACUAUCUCUACAUACAGAUGGAAUACUGUGAAAAGAGCACUUUGAGAGACACCAUCGACCAGGGCCUUCACCGUGACCGCAGUCGCCUGUGGAGGCUCUUUCGGGAAAUCCUGGAUGGGCUGGCCUACAUCCACGAACAGGGGAUGAUUCACCGAGACCUGAAGCCUGUCAACAUAUUCUUGGACUCUCAGGACCAUGUGAAGAUCGGAGACUUUGGCCUGGCCACAGACCACCCUGCUAACGUGGCUGCAGGCAAGCUGGAGAUAGAGGACAACGGCUCGGCUCUGAUACUUAAACCAGACCCAGCGGACAACAUGACAGGCAUGGUUGGCACUGCCUUAUAUGUUAGUCCAGAGGUGCAAGGAAACACAAAGGCCACAUACAAUCAGAAAGUGGAUCUGUUCAGCCUGGGGAUUAUUUUGUUUGAGAUGUCCUACCGGCCCAUGACCACUGCAUCCGAGCGCAUCUCUGUCCUGAGCCAGCUGCGAACGGAGGCCAUUGAGUUUCCACAGGACUUUGUUGAGUAUGAAAGCGGAACACAGUCUCUCCAGAGGAAGGCGAUUCGCUGGCUGCUGAACCAUGACCCCGCCUUGCGGCCGUCGGCGGUGGAGCUGCUGAAGAGUGACCUGCUGCCCCCUCCUCAGAUGGAGGAGUCUGAGCUGCACGAGGUCCUGCAGCACACCAUGGCCAACAUCAACGGCAAGGCCUACCGCACCAUGGUCAACCAGCUCUUCUCCCAGAGCAUCUCCCCAGCCAUGGACUUCACCUACGACAUAGACGUGCACAAGGGAAGCUUCAAUGCUAGCAGUGCCAAAUUACAGCAGUAUGUUUAUGACACCAUAACCAGGAUCUUUAAAAAACAUGGUGCGGUGCGGCUGCAGACUCCCCUCCUCAUGCCUAAGAACAGGAAGCUGUACGAAGGCUCCGAGCUGGCCUGCUUCAUGGACCACAGCGGCAUGCUGGUCAGCCUGCCCUACGACCUCCGGUUGGCUUUUGCGAGAUUUGUAGCAAGAAACAACAUUUCCAGUCUGAAAAGGUACAGCAUCGAGCGGGUGUUCCGUCCCAAGAAGCUGGACCGCUCCCACCCCAGAGAACUGCUGGAAUGUGCCUUUGACAUCAUCACCCCGGUCACCAACAGCCUUCUCCCCGACGCAGAGACCAUCUACACCAUCUCUGAGAUCAUCCAGGAGUUCAGUGUCCUCCAGGAGAGGAACUACAGCAUUUACCUGAACCACACCAGCCUGCUGAAGGCCAUCCUACUGCACAGCGGGGUCCCUGAGGACAAGCUGCACCAGGCCUCCAGCAUCCUGUGUGACGCCAUGAGUGAGAAGCUGACUCGGCGGGAGGUUGAGGCCAAGUUCUGCAACUUGUCCCUGUCCACCAACAGUUUACGGACACUCUACGAAUACAUCGACCUGAAGGGGGACCUGCGUGAUCUGACCCCCACCAUCAGCUCCCUGGCCAAGCCCAAGACUGCUGUCUCCCAGCUGGCCAAGCAGGGCCUGAAGGACCUGGAGGAGCUCACCAGCCUGCUGGCGAAACUGGGCGUUAAGGUGGUGGUAAACCUCGGCCUGGUGUACAAAGUGCAGCACCACUCCGGGGUCAUCUUCCAGUUCGUGGCCUUUGUCAGGAGACGCCGCCGCACCGUGCCCGACGUCUUGGCCGCGGGAGGACGCUACGACCACCUGAUCAGAGAGGAGUAUCGAGGCCCAGCGUCCUCUGUACCGGUGCCCUCGGCCGUAGGCGCCAGCGUGGCUCUGGACAAGAUCUGCGCCGCCCUGGCUAACAUGGAGGAACCGCUCUUGGUGAGCCCCUGUGAUGUGCUGGUGGUCCCUGUGGGACAGACCUCCAUGAGCAGAGCCAUUAAUGUCAUCCAGAAGCUAUGGAGUGCCGGAGUUUCCUCAGACAUCAUCUACGAUCUUUUACAGUCGCAGGAGACCGUUCUGGAGCACUGCAGAGAAGCUGGCAUCCCGUGUGUGGCGCUGGUCUCUGAUAAAGAAGGAAACUACAUUAAGGUCAAGUCAUUCGAAAAGGACAGGCAGUCGGAGAAGCGGAUUCUGGAAACGGACCUGGUGGAACACUUUAUCCAGAAAUACAGGGCCAAAUUCAAUGAAGAACGGAACAGCAGCAGGGAGCUGUCUGAAAACAUUUCUCUUCAGAAUCCAAAGGGAUCACUUCUGGUUACCCCAGGGUCGUCUGAACCGCAUGGGAGCAACGCAUCCAUGAACAUGAACGUGAGCCUCAUCGCGCCAGAGAAGGUGUCCGCCAGCGCGCGGCGGCGCUACGAGGCGCAGAUACAAACCAGACUGCAGAACCUUGGUAGCAAUCUGCAGAACAAGAGCAACGAUAUUGAAGUUUUAGCUGUUGACCUGCCAAAGGAAACGCUCAUCAACUUCCUGUCAUUAGAGUUUGACGGAGAAGAGCAGUUUAACGUCAGCGUGAAGCACUUGCUGUCACGCCUGCCGAAGCAGCGUUACUUGAAGUCAAUCUGCGAUGAAAUCCACCGCUUCAAAUUCGUCAAAAGAGUGGCGGUAGUUGUAUUAUACAGCUACAAGGAUGAUUACUACAAGAUUCUCCUCUCAACCUGAAGACCAUAAGUGCUAUCAUCUCCUCAUCCCUCUGCUUGCUUUCAUGCAGUGUAUGUGUUGCAUGUGAAUGAGAGUUUACAGUGUACCUGAGCCCAGAGGCUGAACAUUGUGAGAGCACCUUCCACUUGGCCAGGAAGGCCAUUUCAGUGAGCUUCACGCGUCCAUUUCAAACUGCAUCUGUCCGACUCAUCAGAAUUGGAGCAAACACAUUCCCAUUGGUCUGCUUUGUCAACGAUUUACUUAAAUUGUGUGGCUGGGGAAAAAUGAUUGGCUGCAAUGCGGAAAACAUUUCUGAACAAGUGUUGUUAUCGUGGAAAUCAAUCGGAAGUAUUGUUAUACAUAAGAGACUAGUUUUAUAAUUUAAAAAGUGAAAUAUUAAUGUGAUAUUACAUUAAAUCAUUUAUUUUCACUUCUUAA